UAGACCAGAGCUUUAGAUGGAGGACAAUGUGACAUAAUUCAAUUGUACAAAUGUGCAUGAAAUAAGCAACUAAUUUCACAUGGUCAGUAAAAGGAACGGCAGCUACUGCUUGAGCGUGGGGAAUAUCUCGACUCGCUGGUCUCCUAGGUGCUCGUUCCGUAUCGAAUAGGACAGAAAUGCUGAGCGGCGGCCAUGUUUAUGUGGUCCAAACUGAAGACAAACAUCUAACAUACCGUUCCCUCCUCUCAUGCUAUCUACUACGUAACACGCACUGUACACGCCCAUAGACAUUUACAGACAUACUGUACUUCCGGGACCCGGUUAAUAGGCCCAGACUGGUGCCGCAGGGAAUGUUCUGAGCUGCAGGAGGAGUAAUAAAUUACAGAGGAUGGAGACUUACAGGAAUGAGAUGAGUGGAAGGAUAUUAAAUAUCACCCUGGAGAUCAUCUGCCUGCUGACUGGAGAGGAUUAUAUUGUUGUAAAAAAGUCUAGUGAGCACAUGACACCCCUCAGUUGUCACCAUGUUUCUGGAGGACUGAGCAGGACCCAGAGCCCCAUCACGGAGCCUCCACCUCACUCACUGAUACAUGAGAAACACAAUGAUCAGAAGAUCCUAGAACUCGCCAACAAGAUCAUUCAGCUGCUGACUGGAGAGCAGGAGGGGGAGUAUAUAGAAGGACACAAGUAUCAAAACAAGAACACAAUGAUGGAGAAUCACCGGCCCCUCCGAUCACUGGGCGUCUUGGAGGAUGAAGAUGUCUCCCACACCAAGUUUUCUUCUUUCGAUUGUGUAUGCACGGAUAUACAUGUUUUAGGAAAUUACCAACAGCCACAAUGCUUUAACAUAUAUAAUAUCCAAAAUGGAUUGAAAUCAGAAACAAAUGAGACUAAGGAAUCUAUCUCACGUGAGGGGAAAAAUGUUAUAGACACUGAGAUUUAUACGUCCACAGAUCAUAAACACUAUAUGUCUACUCAUCUUAAAGUGGAAACAGUCUCGGUUGAGGAAGGAGAUAUCAAAGAGACUGCUAGUUAUACACCCACAGAUCAUACACAGUAUACAUCUACUCUUAUUAAUGAGGAACCGGUCCCAUGUGAUGGAGGAGACCUCACACACACUGACAUGUAUACACCCACAGGUCAUACACAGUAUACAUCUACUCUUAUUAAGGGGGAACCAUCUGAUGGAGGAGACUUCACACACACUGACAUGUAUACACCCACAGGUCAUACACAGUAUAUAUCUACUCAUAGUAAGGAGGAACCGGUCCCAUGUGAUGGAGGAGACCUCACAGACACGGACAUCUAUACACCCACAGGUCAUACACAGAAUACAGUUACUCAUAGUAAGGAGGAACCGGUCCCAUGUGAUGGAGGAGACCACACAGACACUGACAUGUAUACACCCACAGGUCAUACACAGGAUACAUCUAUUCAUAUUAAGGAUGAACCUGUCUCAUGUGAUGGAGAAGACCUCACAGACACUGACAAUUAUACACCCACCAGUCAUACACAGUAUACAGCUACUCAUAUUAAGGAUGAACCAGUCUCAUGUGAUGUAGGAGACCUCACAGACACUGACAUGUAUACACCCACAGAUCAUACACAGUAUACAUCUACUCAUAUUAAGGAGGAACAAGUCUCAUGUGAUGGAGGAGACCUCACAGACACUGAUAUGUAUACACCCACAGGUCAUACACGGUAUACAUCUACUCAUAUUAAGGAGGAACCAUGUGAUGGAGGAGACAUUCCAGUCAGUGAUAGUUUCACACUUUCAGAUCACACAUUUACAUGUCAUACGGAUGGCGAAAUUAAACACAAAUCAUUAGUAACUGAAACCAUUAAAUUGGAUGAACCUGUAGAAGUGAUUCACCAAACGUCCGCCACCAUAGGUAAUUCAAAUAAUACCUCUAGUAUUCAAGAAUGCAUAGUUGCUACACUGAAUCCUCCUCAACAUCAAGUUACUGAGAGCAAGAUGGAAAAUGUGAUUUUAAAAUUCUGCUUUGACCCAAGUUUUCCUGGACACACCAGUGGCCACAUCGUACAGAGACCACAUGUCGGUUUUGAGAAAAAGAAAACAAUUGGUGAUAUCUCAAAUCUUACAAAAUAUUGGAGAGAGAACUCUAGGAAGAAAACCCCGCAGUGUUCUGAGUGUGGGGAAUAUUUUUUGAAGAAAGCCCAACUCCUCGCCCACCAGAUAACUCACACCGGGCAGAAACCUGUUCGAUGUUCUGAGUGUGGGAAAAAAUUUCUUACCAAUUCCCAACUGGUUGUACAUCAAAGAUCUCACACAGGAGAGAAGCCGCAUCAAUGUUCCCAAUGCGGGAAAUGCUUUGCCGAGGAAAGGGUCCUGGUGAAACAUCAAGCGGGCCACUUGAAAGCUAAAACAUUUGGGUGCUCUGAUUGUGGUAAACGGUUUACUGAGAAGUGGAGACUAGUCAGCCAUCAGGUUAGUCACACAGAAGAAGUAUCCUUUAGCUGUCCUGAAUGUGGGAAGCAGUUUUUGGAAAAAUGGAGACUUGUCAACCAUCGGAGAACUCACACGGGAGAAAAACCAUUUCAGUGCUCUGAAUGCGGGAAGCGGUUUGCAGAGAAAAGAGCACUAGACAAACAUAAGAGGACUCACACUGGGGAGAAACCUUUCCAAUGUCCCGAAUGUGGGAAAUGGUUUGCAGACAGUGGGACAUUAUGGAGACAUAAAAUAACUCACACCGGCAUUAAAAAGCACACCUGCCCUGAAUGUGGGAAACACUUUAGAGACAAAUCCGCACUUGUUAUCCAUCAGAGGACUCACACCGGAGAGAGGCCAUUCCAGUGUUCUGAAUGUGGAGUCCGGUUUGCUGAUAAAGGGAAGUUGGUGAAGCACCGACGGAUUCACACGUGUGAGAAAAGUACAUGUCCGGAAUGUGGAAAAGACUUUAGAUUGAAGUCGUCACUUGCGAGACAUCUCAGCAUGCACACCAGAGAUAAGACCUAUGCUUGCUCCUUAUGUGGAAAAUGUUACCAAUAUAAGUCAUCGCUUGUCAAACACGAGAGGAUUCAUAAGGGAGAUAAAUAGUUGCUGAGCUCUAAACAGGAGAAACAAUUUGGGGGCUCGUCUGGAGUUAGCAGCAAAUCACGCUAAAUGUCAGAUGUAUUGCUGAUGUUCACAUAAGAUGCCAAUGUUUUGUGACUGCUGAUACUUAUAAAUCCCUAAAAAGUUGCACGGGGCAUGCGUCCCAUGAUGUCUUCAUACAGAGGCGCAGAACCGGUUGAGCCACAUGGACUUUGAAAUGUAUUGGGCAUUCCUGGGCGGUGACUGGGAGGUGGCUAUGCAGGCGCAUAAAGUUCUUCUGUCUCAUGGGUAUGUUAUAGGAUAGUGGGCGUGGUACUUCCAAUGGUUGCAGCUGCAGCCGCUCAAAGUGAGCGUCCUAGUCCUUCCACAUUCAGACACACGGCUGUACACCAGGGGAAGGACUCAUACUAGCAUUAGCAUAAAGUCACAGACGUAACUAGACACUGAUGCAGUUGCAGCAGGGUCCAACUCAGAAUCGGCUUAAAAGACUGCAAAUUUACACAUGGACAAACCAUGUUGCAAUUAACGGUGUGCGACUGGAUUUGUUUUGCAUACAGAGGAAAUAGAGGCCAAUUUUCCAUUUAGCACACAUACACUGGGCAGCUUAAUUUCAACAUUGAGAUUUAGAGUUCAUCUAGGAUUCGCCCUCUUCCCGACUCUAGUGUCCACAUACUCACUCUCAUCCUGCAGAGAAACAUGUUUUGGUCAAGGCUCAAAAUUACACUACCUUGCUGGAAAUACUACUAACUCCAAAUGUGGCUCUUGGUGUCUUAAAUUAUUAUUAUUAUUUAUAGAAUAGCGGAGACCUAGGCGCUUCAGUACCAGUGUGCAAUAUUAGAAAGUUGUGAGUGACAAUCCUUAUCUCUUUUAAGAGUAGCUGCUCAUAAUACAGAAUGUGUGUAGGGUAUACACUUAAUAACAGAAAUAAAUAGUGGGGAGUAUAAGCGCUUAGAAGUGAUGUAACAACUUUUCAA